CGAACCACUAACCCUCAACCCACUUGCUCGACCGGGCUAACAGGCUAUACCGGGUUUACAACAUUGCUUUGGGCUCUGACAUACAUGUUUACGACGAUGAGUGUAUGGGAGCCGGGAGGUUUUCCAACUUCUCGUGUUCUUCGAGAAUGAAUCACAUUGUAUAAUCGUUGCGUACUUGUGUUAGUCGAACUCUGAUAUGGUUAUGUCAAUGAUGCAUAUGUUUUGUUGUAAUUGCGGUUCAACGGUUAAAUACCACCUACCAAUUUAGCUUUUUGAAGCUGGGUUUUCUCGUCCAACUACUAGUAUAUGAUACUGUUUUGUUAUUUUUAGCCAACCCGUCUGCAACAACCGGACCAAAAAUUCGAGACCUUGACCUUGUAGACUCCGAUCAUGGCUUACCAGUUACCACCAGACCAUUUUCAAAACCCAAAUCCCCGUAAGUCGAAACCAACCAGAAAUUCUGAAGAAGCGGAAUGGAACCAGCGAAAUCCGUCAGCCUUGGCAGCUCCCUCCUCGUGCCUUCCGUCCAGGACUUGAUCAAGACCCAACUCGGCGUCGUCCCGUCCAGAUACCUGCGCCCUGAUCAAGACCAGCCCAUCGUUUUCGACGCUGAUGUUCCGAUUGUUGAUUUGGAGAAGCUGAUCGAUGAAGCCACCAUGGAUUCCGAGCUCGCCAUCCUUCACUCCGCCUGUAAAGAUUGGGGCUUUUUCCAGUUGGUAAACCAUGGAGUGAGCCAUACCCUGUUGGAGAACAUGAAGACCCAAGUCCAGGAAUUCUUCAACCUCCCAAUGGAGGAAAAGCAGAAAUUCUGGCAAUCUCCAGGAGAUGUGGAAGGUUUCGGACAUUUAUUCGUUGUAUCGGAAGAGCAGAAGCUCGAUUGGGCGGACCUCUUCUUCCUCGUCACUCAGCCUCCCGACCUUAGAAAGCCUCAUUUGCUCCCAAUGCUCCCCCUCCCCUUCAGGGACACAUUGGAGACCUACUCCCUCGAGGUAAGGAACCUGGCAGCCAAAGUACUGGACCAAAUGGCAAAAGCCCUAAAGAUGAAACCAGAGGAAAUGAAGGACAUCUUCUCAGGGAACAUAAGGCAGGCAAUGAGGACCAACUACUACCCUCCGUGCCCGGAGCCUGACAAAGUGAUCGGCCUGACACCUCACUCCGACAGCACCGGCCUCACGAUCCUCUUACAAGUGAAUGAAGUUGAAGGCUUGCAGAUCAAGAAAGACGGGAAUUGGGUGCCGGUCAAGGUCCUUCCCAAUGCAUUCGUGGUCAAUGUGGGCGACAUCGUCGAGAUCAUAACCAAUGGGGUGUAUCGCAGCAUCGAGCAUCGUGCGAUGGUGAACUCGGAGAAGGAGAGGCUGUCGAUUGCGAGUUUCCACUCUCCUAGGUUUGAUGGGGAGAUUUACCCUGCGCCGAGCUUGGUGACCGGAGAGUCGCCGGCACUGUUCAGGAAUGUGAGCGUUAAGGAGUACUUGAAGGGGCUGUUCUCUCGUGAGCUUCAGGGGAAGUCUUACCUCGAUACCUUGAGAAUCUGAUGAAUGAUGAUGUGUGGAAAAGGUUCCAUGUAAAGUGUUAUUUUGGGUUUGCUUGCUCUGUAGUACUUGUAAAUGUUCAACAGAAAACAGAAGAAUCUGACGGGAGUCGUGAAAUAAAAUGAGAAACAUAAAACAAUUUGAUAAUAAUACGAAAAAAUACGUACGUUCAUAUAUAUGUGUAUGCGUAGUAAACAGAGCAUUUACGA